ACCUUGCAAUCUGCAGCCUUCACUCUCAGAGGCAGUGAGUGCUUGGAAGAUCCCCUUCCCAGACACGCUAUGGCUGCACGGACUGUCCCCCAUGCCUACCCCAUGAGCUCGGAGUACGAGUUUGCCAACCCUAGCAAGAUCUACGACCAGAACUUUGGAGAAGGUGUGUCCCCAUGUGAGAUUUUAGCCCCUGCCCUGUACCAUGGCUACUACAUCAGGCCUCGGAUCAAUAAGCAGCUGGAUCGAGGCACCUCUGAGAUCAGCCUCAAUGAGCACAAAUUCCAGGUGUUCCUGGAUGUCUGUCACUUCCUGCCGGAUGAGCUCACUGUCCGCACUGUAGACAACCUGUUGGAGGUGAUGGGGCAGCAUCCACAGAAGGCUGAUCGCCAUGGCUUCAUCUCCCGAGAGUUCACCAGGACCUACAUCCUCCCUCUGGAUGUCGAUCCCUUGCUGGUGAGAGCCACGUUGUCCCACGAUGGCAUCUUAAGUAUUGUGGCACCCCGGACAGGGAAGGAGGUGAAGGCCAGAGUCAACGAGGUGAAGAUAACCCAAGAGGAGCAGCCAGUGGGGAAAGAAGAACAGUCUGAGGAAGGAAAAGGGAAGGAAGAGUCCUAAAGGUCCCAGAUCUGGGCUUGAGCAGGGAGGGCGGGGGGACAGGGAUGGGGAAUCCACUGUGCCAGACCCUUAUUUCUCACCAUCAGUGUUCAACAGGGCUGUGAGGCAGCCAUAUAUAUGCCAGACUUUGGCUUAUUAAAGCUGAUGGCUGGAAAAAGGGACCUGGAACUGAAAAAAGAGGGGGACUAAAGAGUUAGUGUGAGGGACUGUAAUGCAAGUUUUCUCCUAGGUCAGGUGCUCAUUGAGCACCACGCAGAGUGCUCUUCACUCACCCCAAAUGGCAAGGGUCACUCUUACCCUAAACUGUGAGGCUGUGUCACAGUAGGCUUUUAAACAGCUGCUGUGCUCUAGCCCAGAGGGUACUGGGAAGAGGGAAGAGAUGAUCCCAGUGCCUCACUUCUGAGCUGGUGGCUGACCUUUGUGGAGAUGGAAGGUGCUUAUUGGUCUGUAAAAGUGCCUGCAGCUCUGAGGUGGAAAGAGGAAUAAAUCUGCCUCUUAUCUUCUAUUGUUUGCCUUGGAUUCGUGUUGCUUCUGGCCAAGCUACUCUGCAGCAGGAACGAUGGACAGUGCCUUAGCUGCUCCAG